AUGGAGUUCGCAACGGGGGCGAUGGGGGCCGUCCUCCCUAAGCUAGGGGAGCUACUCCAGGAGGAGUACAACCUACAGACUAGUGUGAAGCAGGGUAUCAUGGAACUCAUGUCUGAGCUCGAGCACAUGCAAGCUGCCCUUGAAAAGGUUUCCAAUGUGCCACUAGACCAGCUUGACGGACAGGUCCACAUUUGGGCUUGUGAGGUCAGAGAAAUGUCCUACGCCAUAGAGGACACCCUUGACUCCUCUAUGGUGUGCAUCAAGGGUUUUCAGCCAUGCAUGCCCCACACCUUCAUGGGCUUCAUCAACAAGACCAAGAAUGAGAUCAUCAUGCUCAAGGCUCGCCGUGAAAUGGCUAACGACAUCAAGCAUAUCAAGAGCCAAGUUAGCAAGGUGAAAGAACGCUAUGAUAGGUACAAAAUCGAUGAUGUUGUUGCAAAUCCCACGACUGCGAUAGACCCUCGUCUCUCGGCUCUGUACAACAAGGUCUCUGACCUUGUUGGUAUUGAUAAGGCAAUGGACGAGCUAGCAAAGCUAUCUGAGUGUCUUGACGUGUCUGAAAAAGAGUUGAAGGCAAUCUCGGUUGUUGGAUUCGGAGGAUGGGGUAAGACAACUCUUGCUAAAGCUUUUUAUGACAAACUUAAGAAGAGAUUCGACUGUUGGGGUUUUGUUCCAGUGGGUCAAAAUCCUGACCAAAGGAAAGUUCUUCGGGAUAUUCUCCAUGAACUUGACAAGAACAAGUAUAAAAACAUUACCUCGUCACAAAUGGAUAUAAGGCAGCUUAUUGAUGAACUAAAAAGAUUCCUCAUGAACAAAAGGUACUUGAUAGUUAUUGAUGACAUAUGGGAUAUGUCAACAUGGGAAAUUGUCAAGUGUGCAUUGGAGGAGAGUAAUCCUGAACUGGGGGAGAGUAAGGUUGAAAGUAGAAUAAUUGUAACUACUCGUAUUUGUGAAGUUGCUGAAAAAGUAGGUGGUGUUUACAACAUAAAACUACUUUCAGAUGAUAUGUCCAAACAAUUAUUCUGCAGAAGACUGUGGGGUGCUAAAGGCACGAUUCAUGAUGAUGAGACUUCUGAAGUGUCCACCAAAAUUUUAAGGAAGUGUGGUGGUGUCCCACUAUCUAUAAUUACAAUAGCUAGCUUGCUUGUUGAUAAAGGCCGGGAGGACUGGCCAAAGGUAUAUGAUGCUAUUGGAUUUGGGCAUGAGGACAACGAAGCUAUUACAAACACAAGAAAGAUAUUGUCUUUUAGCUAUUAUGAUCUUCCUCCUUACCUAAAGAAUUGCUUAUUGCACCUAAGCAUCUUUCCAGAAGAUCACUUGAUUAAGAAAAGGGAGUUGAUAUGGAUCUGUAUUGCAGAAGGUUUUAUCCAGUGUAAACAAGGGUUAAGAUUAUUUGACAUUGGUGAGAGCUAUUUUAACCAGCUUGCAAAUAGAAGUAUGAUCCGGCUGACGGAGGGCAAUAGCAGCACUAACUAUGAUGGUUGUCGUGUUCAUGAUAUGGUGCUGGAUUUAAUACGCAACUUGUCUAUGUUACGAGUAUUGGUCCUGGAUAACUGUGAUUUUUCUGCGGGAGCAUGUCGCCUUGAGCAUCUUGGCAGGUUGGUUCAUCUGAGGUACCUAGGGCUGGUUAAGACACCGGUUGUGGAGCUUCCAGUGAAGAUAGGACAUGAUCUCAAGUUUCUGCAAACCUUAGACAUAAGGGGGAGUGACAUAGAGGAAUUGCCAGCCUCUGUCGCUGAGAUGAGCAAACUGAUGUGCCUGCGUGCCUACAGGAUCACAACUAUAAUGGCUAAGAUAGGGAAGUUGACAUCUCUGGAAGAUCUUGAGCUCUGCGUGGACGAGUGCCCAAACUUUGUCACGCAGCUGAGAAAGCUGACAGAGAUGAGGAAUCUAAAUAUUCGUAUCCCUGAGUUAGACGAGAGCAUGAGUAAGGCUUUGGUUGAGUCGCUAUGCAAUUUGCGCAGAAUCCAAAUUCUGAUGGUCAUGACUGAGGAAUAUAAUGAUGAUGGCGCCUGGGAAGCCUGGGCACCGCCAUUAGAGCUCCGCGAGGUGUUACUGAUUGGCAUAUGUUUACCAAGGCGUCCAUCGUGGAUGGAUUCCACGUGUUGUCCGCAUCUGUCCUACCUGAACUUCUAUGUCAAAGAGGUGAGAGAACAGGAUCUGCGUAUCCUCGGGAGGCUACCAGUGCUCCGCUGCCUCGACAUGUCGAUAGAUAACACUCCCUUAGCAUAUACUAUUGGUAGCGAUGAGUUCCGAAACUUGAGAAAUAUCGACCCGACUAUAGAGAUCAUAUUUGGUAGAGAGGGGGGAGCGCUCCCAAUGCUUGAAGAUUUGAAAUGCUGUAUCAGCGUAGGAAAUCAGGACGUCCGCGGCUUAGUACCGGGGAACAUGCCUUUGCUCCAACAUGUCUAUUAUGAACUUCACGGGAAGGGGUUCACUAGGGAAGAGGUGGAGCUGACCGAGGUAGCGCUGCGGCACGCGGCCACGAAAGUCCACCCCAACCGUCCUGGAUUGGCUAUAGAUAGAUGCUACUGCGAGUAUGAUUCCGACCAAGAUGAUGAUUCCGACCUAGAUGAUGAUUCCGACGAGGAGGUUUUGUCUACUAGCCAUGAGAUGGAUAAAAGUGAAUGGUCAAGGAAGCGCUCAUUGUUUGAAGAGGGUUCUACUUCUAGGACUGCUCCGAGUUCAGAUGAUAAGAAACAAAAAACUGUGCAAGAAUCAAGGGGUGAUGAUGAUCCACCAUCAUCACCCCAUCAUGAUUUAAAAUCAGCCAAGGUAGUGAGAGUAUCCAGUGCUAUUGCCGCUCAGCUCGGAAUCAAAUUUGGUGUUCACCAAACUAUGGUUCUUGAAGCCAUUGUUAAACCAAACCAACAAGCAACUUGUUUUAUUGUUGGUUGCAUAAUAUAUGAUAAGCUCAAGCACUACAACUGGCGCAUUGUGCAGUCCCAACAUAAUGAAAGCAGUGGAUAUGUUUAUGUGAAGAUGCGACAUGAUGAUUUGAAGAAAUUUCAUGGAAAGUCAUAUGGGUGGGCUGGAGAACAAGCCACUUUUUGUAUGGUUAAAACCAUCCUGCCGAUUAGUCCGGAUCCUGUAGAUGAGCAUCAGGUGGUGAAGAUUGCAUGA